AUGGAGGUGUGUUCGGAUUCAAUUGAGUAUCGAGACUUCAGCACUCGUUCGGGCAACAACAUGCCGCCAUGUCAGACAGCCGCCACGCUUGCUUAUCCUCAACCUGAAUGGGGGCCAGGUCCUUAUCCUCGACCAGAACCGCCACGAUUGCUUAUCCUCAACCUGAAUGGGGCCCAGGUGCUUAUCCUCAACCUGAACGGGGUGCAGCCGCCACACUUGCUUAUCCUCAACCUGUGGGGGCCAGGUCCUUAUCCUCGACCAGAAUGGGGUGCAGCCGCCACGCUUGCUUAUUCUCAAUCUUUCACGUCUGCGCCAGGUGCCUAUCCUCAACCUGAAUGGGGUGCAGCCGCCACGAUUGCUUAUCCUCAACGCCAGGUGCCUGUCCUCAACCUGAAUGGGGUGCAGCCGCCAUGCUUGCUUAUUCUCAACCUGAAUGGGGGCCAUGGGGGCCAGGUGCCUAUCCUCAACCUGAAUGGGGUGCAGCCGCCACGCUUGCUUAUCCUCAACCUGAAUGGGGCCCAGGGGCUUAUCCUCAACCUGAACGGGGUGCAGCCGCCACGCUUGCUUAUCCUCAACCUGAAUGGGGGCCAUGGGGGCCAGGUGCUUGUCCUCAACCUGAACGGGGUGCAGCCGCCACGCUUGCUUAUCCUCAACCUGAAUGGGGGCCAUGGGGGCCAGGUGCUUGUCCUCAACCUGAAUGGGGUGCAGCCGCCACGAUUGCUUAUCCUCAACCUGAAUGGGGCCCAGGUGCUUAUCCUCAACCUGAACGGGGUGCAGCCGCCACGCUUGCUUAUCCUCAACCUGAAUGGGGGCCAUGGGGGCCAGGUGUUUGUCCUCAACCUGAAUGGGGUGCAGCCGCCACGGCUUAUCCUCAACCUGAAUGGGGCCCAGGUGCUUAUCCUCAACCUGAACGGGGUGCAGCCGCCACGCUUGCUUAUCCUCAACCUGAAUGGGGGCCAUGGGGGCCAGGUGCUUGUCCUCAACCUGAAUGGGGUGCAGCCGCCACGCUUGCUUAUCCUCAACCUGAAUGGGGGCCAGCUCCUUAUCCUCGACCAGAAUGGGGUGCAGCCGCCACGCUUGCUUAUUCUCAAUCUUUCACGUCUGCGCCAGGUGCCUAUCCUCAACGUGAAUGGGGUGCCUGUCCUCAACCUGAAUGGGGUGCAGCCGCCACGCUUGCUUAUUCUCAACCUGAAUGGGGGCCAUGGGGGCCAGGUGCCUAUCCUCAACCUGAAUGGGGUGCAGCCGCCACGCUUGCUUAUCCUCAACCUGAAUGGGGCCCAGGGGCUUAUCCUCAACCUGAACGGGGUGCAGCCGCCACGAUUGCUUAUCCUCAACCUGAAUGGGGCCCAGGUGCUUAUCCUCAACCUGAACGGGGUGCAGCCGCCACGCUUGCUUAUCCUCAACCUGAAUGGGGGCCAUGGGGGCCAGGUGCUUGUCCUCAACCUGAAUGGGGUGCAGCCGCCACGAUUGCUUAUCCUCAACCUGAAUGGGGCCCAGGUGCUUAUCUUCAACCUGAACGGGGUGCAGCCGCCACGCUUGCUUAUCCUCAACCUGAAUGGGGGCCAUGGGGGCCAGGUGCUUGUCCUCAACCUGAAUGGGGUGCAGCCGCCACGAUUGCUUAUCCUCAACCUGAAUGCGGCCCAGGUGCUUGUCCUCAACCUGAAUGGGGUGCAGCCGCCACGAUUGCUUAUCCUCAACCUGAAUGGGGCCCAGGUGCUUAUCCACGGGGUGCAGCCGCCACGCUUGCUUAUCCUCAACCUGAAUGGGGGCCAUGGGGGCCAGGUGCUUGUCCUCAACCUGAAUGGGGUGCAGCCGCCACGAUUGCUUAUCCUCAACCUGCAUGCGGCCCAGGUGCUUAUUCUCAACCUGAACGGGGUGCAGCCGCCACGCUUGCUUAUCCUUAACCUGAAUGGGGGCCAUGGGGGCCAGGUGCUUAUCCUCAACCUGAACGGGGUGCCACGCUUGCUUAUCCUCAACCUGAAUGGGGGCCAUGGGGGCCAGGUGCUUGUCCUCAACCUGAAUCGGGUGCAGCCGCCACGAUUGCUUAUCCUCAACCUGAAUGGGGCCCAGGUGCUUAUCCCCAACCUGAGCAACCUGAGUGGGGUGCAGCUGCCACGUUUUGUUAUCCUCAACCUGCAUGCGGGCGCUGAAGUGUACUGGCCUGGUCGCCUUUGCACCAAAGUCGACUUUGCCAUGUUUGAGGAUGCGGCUUUGGGCUUGCCUCCGGAAAAUUGGGUCAAAGGCCGCGUGCGGCCCAACCUGGGAAAUCGCAUUGAUUUGGGCCCAUACAUCUUGCAACAGCCUGGGAAUGCUGAUGACGAUGAUUGGGUCUUUGUUGGCAAACUUGAUCAAGCGAUGUGGGCAAUGCGCAUCAACUCUUGCGCAGGCAGAAACCCAUAUGUGCUAGUUUUGAGGAAAAUGCAGCCAGGAGAUUUGGUGCGGACCUGCGAUCUCGAGCCAGACUGCACGGCCUCGGGUGAGGUGAUCGCCGAGGAUCACAAGUUUGAAGACAGGUCGGCAACCGCGGAAGAUGUGUUGGGGCCCCCAACGAAGCGACUCCGCAAGAAAACGGACCCUGCCAAUGUGAAGUUGCAUCGCGUGCUGUCGCAUUCAGCCUUGCGUACCUAUCCUCAACCGGAAUGGGGCGCAGCCGCCACGUUUACGGAUCCCAGCGCCGCGUCUGCUUAUCCACCUGUGUGGGCGCCAGGUGAGGCGCAGCCGCCACGUUUGCUUAUCCCCAACCUGAAUGGGGGCCAGGUCCUUAUCCUCAACCAGAAUGGGGCGCAGCCGCCACGUUUGCUUAUCCCCAGCCUGAAUGGGGGCCAGGUCCUUAUCCUCAACCAGAAUGAGGCGCAGCCGCCACGUUUGCUUAUCCUCAACCUGAAUGGGGGCCAGGUGCUUAUCCUCAACCUGAAUGAGGUGCAGCCGCCGCGCUUGCUUAUCCUCAACCUGAAUGGGGGCCAUGGGGGCCAGGUGCUUGUCCUCAACCUGAAUGGGGUGCAGCCGCCACGAUUGCUUAUUCUCAACCUGAAUGGGGCCCAGGUGCUUAUCCUCAACCUGAACGGGGUGCAGCCGCCACAAUAG